CACGAUUACAUAAUAUAGAUUCACACACUAUAUACAAUGGCGAGAAAUGAAGAUUUCUUGGUGAAAGUGAGCAAAACCGAGGCCGUAUCCGCUGCAUUGCCGGUUCAAGAGUAUUGGUUGCCUCUCUCUAACCUCGAUCUCAUGCUUCCUCCUGUGGAUUUCUGCGUCUUCUUCUGCUACGACCAUGUAGACGUGACCUUUGCCUCUACGGUCGUAACCCUCAAGAAGGCUUUGGCAGAUACUCUCGCCCCUUACUACGCCUUUGCCGGCGAGAUCACCACCAACAGCCUCGGAGAGCCCGAGCUUCUUUGUAAUAACUAUGGCGUCGAGUUCUCUGAGGCUCGCGCAUAUGUCAACCUCCAUGAUCUCGACUUGUACAGGCUCGAAAAGAGCAUUUACAGGCUUUUCCCAGAGAAGAAGCGUGGGGUGAUGGCCGUACAGGCAACAGAGCUGAACUGCGGAAGCUUGAUCGUGACGUGUCGGGUGCACCACCGCAUCGCGGAUGCUUACUCGGCCAAUCUGUUCUUCGUGUCGUGGGCCGAGUCUGCUCGUUCCAUGCCCAUUUCCGUAGUUCCAUCGUUCAGACGGUCGCUGCUCAGCUCCAGACACCCUCCGAAGCACAGCCCUUCCAUGGAUGAGUUGUACAUGCCUUUGCCAUCUGUUUCAUCACCACCUAAACCUAAACGAAACCCCGAUUCCAGCGAUCUCGACGAGUUUGUAAGCCGAGUUUUUUACGUCGCAGCCUCGAAGAUCGACGAGAUUCAGUGUCUCGCAAGCUCCGAGUACUCGCGUGUCACCAAACUCGAAGCCUUCUGUGCGUUUCUGUGGAAACUGACGGCGAAAACGGAGCAAAAGUCAGGUGGUGCGAGAAAGGCAGCGCUGGGAAUCGUCAUUGACGGGAGGACAAGGCUGGGAGAUAACGGCGUUAACAACAUGGGUUCUUACAUCGGGAACGUGUUGACGGCGCCGUUCAGACAGUGCGAAAUGGCCGAGCUUGUCCGAAACCCUUUGGGUUCGGUGGCGCGUGAGGUCCACGGCGUGAUCGAGACAGGAGCGAGCAAGGAGCACUUCAUGGGCCUGAUUGAUUGGAUUGAGGCUCAAAGGCCCAAGCCUAUUACUCCGAAGGCUUAUUGGGUGAAUGAUGGGCCUGCUGUGAUGGUGUCGUCGGGGAGGCGUUUUCCGGUGAGGGAAGUGGAUUUCGGGUGGGGCCCACCGGCGUUAGGUUCCUACUAUUUCUCGGAAUGGGGGAGCCCGAUGGGUUAUGUGAUGCCGAUGCCGAGUGCCACCGUGGAUGGUGACUGGGUGGUUUACACGGUCCUCCCUAGGCGCGUGAUCCACGUCAUCACUGAAGAGGCUGCUGACAUGUUCCGCCCCAUGACCAAUCAAUAUCUGACAGGUCAUACUGUUUGAACCAAAAAAAAAA